AUGGUGACGACGCCGAAUCAGGGCCCUGCCACGCGGCUCUUUACGCCCCCGGCGUCGUGCGUGAGCACCACCACGUACACGACAGAGAUCUCCGGCUCGCCCACCGGCUUCACGCUCGGCACCGACCUCGACUGCUUCCCGCCGCCCACGUCCGCGCUGGUCUCGCCCGCCACUAGCUUCGUCAAGCUGUACUCGCCGGGAAUCUGCCCGGUCGGCUACAACUAUGCCGGCCCAUUCACCUGGUCCAUCAGCGGCCAAAACUACGACGACAGCGUCACCAGAUAUAUUUGCUGCCCUGGGUUUGUGCACCCCCAUGUUUCACAACAUUCUCCUUCGCCGCCGUCGCUUUCAGUUUUACCUUCGCCGGCUGCUGACGCUGGGCUGUCGCUACGGGUGAUUCGAAGCUCCUACUCCACCUAUUCUUUAACGUUCUAUGACUACCAGAUCUGCGUGGUCUCGACCGACUUUGUGCCGCACGCCACGGCCGUCGACAGCACGCUGCCGCCGCACACCGCCGUGGCCACCUUCGCGUUUGGAGAUGCGGACACCAGCGUGACCGCCAGCCCUAUCAUCGUCGCUUGGCGGGACAGGGACCAGGAGGUGCUGGAUGCACUAGCUGAGGACGGCGUCUCGGUCAGGUGGCCGCCCGCGGAGGCCGCGAGGUAUGUGCUUAUCAACCAUAGACAGGAUUGGGAGAGCGAGCGCAGACCUGACGGGCGGUACCCAUCCAGGAAAACCAAAAUUAUCCUCCUCAGCGUGCUCAUUCCCGUUGGAGUCAUCCUGCUCGCCGGGGUCGCCUGGCUCUACCGGCUGCGCAAGAAGGGCCGCCUGCGCGGGGGGCCGUCGUGGUUGCGCGGCGUCGGUCCGCGUGGGCACGGGAGGCAGCACGCAGACGCGCUGGAUGACGCGGUGCUGAAGCCGGAGCUCCAUGCCGAGUCCCGCCGUCUCUCCUGCGCAGCCGAGCCGGGACCGCACGAGGCGCCUGGCGAACCGGCCGCCGCGCGGGAGGCGGACUCGCGGCAGGUGCUCCGCGUUGCAGAAGCCGACGGCAGCCCGGCACGCGCAUGGAGCGAGACGGCGGCAGAACUCCCGGGUGCAAACGCGCCCGGGACCACCGCGGGUCGGUAUUAA